AUGGCAAAUUUUAAGCUGUGGGUGAUUAAUCAUAUCAUAGACAUGAAAUACUAUGCACUGUGUGGCUUUGGUGGUUUCCUGAGUUGUGGUAUUACACACACUGCUGUUGUGCCGUUGGACUUGGUUGACCUAGCAAAGUACAAGAGUAUUUUCAAUGGUUUCAGUGUCACAAUCAGAGAAGAUGGUGUGAGUGGACUUGCAAAAGGAUGGGAUUCUAUGCAGGGCUUGCGCAAAUUUGCUUUCUAUAAAGUCUUCAAAACUCUAUAUAACAACUUGCUGGGUAAGGAAAAGGCAUAUGUGUGGCACACAUCGGUAUACUUGGCUGCAUCUGCCAGUGCAGAGUUCUUUGCUGAUAUUGGUUUGGCUCCAAUGGAAGCUGCUAAAGUGUGUAUUCAGACACAGCCUAGUUAUGCUCUAAGGCUUAGGGAGACAGAUCCAAAGAUGUAUGCUGAAGAAGGACUAUGGGCAUUUUGCAAAGGUGUUGUUCCACUCUGGAUGAGCCAGAUCUCAUACACAAUGAUAAAGUUUGCUUGCUUUGAACAUACCAUUGAGGCUUUGUACAAAUAUGAGGUAUUCAAGCCCCACAAUGAAUGUUCUAAACCUGAACAGGUGGUAACUUUUGUUGCUGGAUACAUCGCUGGUGUGUUCUUUGCAGUUGUUUCAUAUCCUGCUGACUCUGUGGUAUCUGUAUUGAACAAGGAAUGUUUUUUGUGUCUUAUUAAAGAGGAUUACACCAGCUGGCAGGUUUUUCAUGGUUCUUCACUCAGCCUUCUUUGUAUUUUUUCUUUGACAUAUCAUAGACAUAUAACAUCGCAAUAA